AUGACAACUGAUGGAAAAGGUGUUUCCAUUGAAGAGGCGCUUAAAGGGCUAGAGGAACUUAAGUUAAGCACAGCUCAGAGCGAAGCUGGAUGCUCAAAUGAAACCGCCGUUUUCAAAAAACCCGCAGAACCUGGAAGCGUUGAAGUUCUGGACGAUGUAAAGCCAGAAAGAAGGUUCAGACGAAGUUGUAGCUUCAGUAGCCGUAACAGAAGAUUUGCACCGUACAGAAUGCCUACGCACAAGAGAUCUUCGUCAUGUGGUUCGGGGGAUUCGGAAACAAACAGUCGACAGGAAUCGAAAAGUAAGUUCUUUUUAUAAUCAAUUUUAUUCUCCUAGGCUCAACAAACACCACCGCUAGCAAGGAAGUGUUGGCUCCGAACGUGAAGAACGCUACAACGUGUACGCAAGAAGCCAUGGGAAUGGGUAAAAACGGAUCGGGAGAAAGUCUGGACGAGUUGCGGCAGGACGCGGCCGUCGAAGAGCUGUCAGAAUACUUUGCACACUACGUUGGAGUUCAAAGUAAAAUGUCAUCGCUCGCCGAAUCAAUGUAUGCAUAA